CAGUUCGUGCAUUAAGUGAUCGUUCAAGUACAAAAUGUCUGUGGAAAGCGACAAGGAGCUGGCGGAAAACAUGGCUUUUUCACAGCAGCAAGGCGAAAUCGACCUACUCGCCGAACCGACCGCGACGGUAACUGCUGGAAGCUGCGAGCCGAACGUCGUCGCCACCGCGACCAACGUAGUGCCCGCGAGCGCCGUCGCCAGUGAUGGGGGCGCCACUGGCAGUGCGAACGGUUCGGCCGAAGAUGGUCGACCGUUGGGCACUUGUGCCAUGCUUUCGCGCCAGGAUUCAAAUGACAUGCAGGCGACGGUUUCCCCGCGUAACAGAAAUGACGCUUUUGGCAAUAAUCAAAACCAAAACACGCGCAUUCCAGCUGCCGAGGGUCGCACGAAGCGUAAAAACCGUCGCCGCAAGUCGAAUCGCGGGAAAUCGACUUCGAACCGACCGUACAGCAAGACGCAAUGGAAGUUUCAGCACUCUUCCGGACCGGGCCGUGCGGGGGCCGGUCAGCCGGAGAGGAACGGUGGCAAGAACAAUUGCAACAAGCGGCGCCAGGUGUACUCGGUUGCGGCCAACCGGCGCAUCACGCCGUUUCAGAAGUCCGAUCAACCACCGCUAGUGCCAUACAACACCAACCGCUUCCUGAUGGAGGACCACAUGCCCCAAGUGCUCACGCCAUCAGGUAGAACUCGCGAUUCUAGUUUCUCGAUAGAUUCAGAAGAAAAUUAUUUUUACUCACUACCAGAGGACGAAGAGGAUUUCCUCACCAAGGAAUUUUCCAGCGUGUACGAGAAGGAGCGCUUCGAGCGCCUCGAAGGUUUGACCCACACGGAGUUAAUCCAGGAGUACGUAAAGCUGGCGCUCGACUACGAGCAGCUGGUGCGCCGCAAUGGGUGCGGUGACAGCUGUGGUGGCAGUGGUGGCGGCGGCAAUGGUGGUGUUGAUUGUGAGUCUGGCGCGCUGACGACGGGUAGCGGCGAUGGCGAGCCGCAGCAGCUACAGAGCGCGGAUGCAGCUGGCAGCAGUGACGGUGCGCGGGAGAAACGGCUCGAGGAACGUGUGCGCGAUCUGACGGCGGAAAACAUAGAGUUGCGCCUUCAACUGGAGCACGCAUCACGCAUGGGUUUGGUUCUGUCGCCCAAAUCGUCACCGCGACAAGGAACGCCGGAACGCGACACUUCGACGGCACCUGACGUAAAUGAUCAGGUGGAAGACGCAGAACAGCGUAUACCGAUGGACAGCAGUACCAGCGAGGACAGCGAAUCGGAUAGUUCCAGUACGAGUUCGAGUAGCAGCAGUAGCAGUAGUAGCAGCAGCAGCAGCAGCAGCAGCAGUGCCAGCAGCAUGAGCGAUGACGACGCAGAUGAACCGAUGGGGAUGGAACCAUUUCCGUUAGCAGAGCAAAGCUAUGACCAGCUGGUAAAUGGCGGUUCUGUCAUCAAUGGUGUCAAUCUCCACGCAAAUGGAGCCAGCGAGAUAUGGGAGGACGAAGGGGAGGAGGAAGAGCAUGAACCGCAAUUGCCCGAUGGCGUUGAUGACCUAUCACCCUCACCGAAACCGCUAGCGGUGGAGUAAUUUUCCGUCAAAACAAAAAUUCACGGAUUCGAAGCUGUGUGUGUGAUGAAUGUUUCUAACAUUUUGUAGGAUUAAUUGUUCUCGAAAAGGACAAAGUAUCAUCUUUUAGUCCAUUUUUUUUUGCUAAAUCUAACAUUACGAUCGAAUUCAUUCGUGUUAGAAACAAUGAAAACCCGACAUACUUGAUCUCAAUAUUUGAGAACAGUACAGGCAUAAGGCUCAUUACGAGACAAUCCUUUCUCGUUAGACUCGAUUCGGUUUGUUUUCCAUAAUUUUUAGUUUUAUCGUUGUGCGUGUUAUUUCCCCCUAGUUGUUCGUUUAAAGAAGAACAAUAAAUGUGUGUAUGUUGACGUGAUUGCGCAUACGCACCAUGCGUCGUGAUUAAGCGUUGAUGAAAGGAGAUAUUUCAAUUCCAACGGAUGUAAAGGAACGAACAUAAUUCACAUAAUUUAAAAUCAACAUAUGGGCGUUAUUUAUGUUUUCGGAAAAAACAUCAGAACAAAAAACAACUAAAAAUCAAACUAGGAACGCGUGUUUUGACGCUCGAUCAGAGAAAACAAUUACCAAAUUGAUGUAGAUUAGGGGAAAGUAAAUGAAUGCACUUUUGAAAAAUGUUUAAUGCAUCAUGUUGAAAAAGAAGAAUAAAAAAAGAAAAAUUAUUGUAAAAUGAACAAAAACUAUGCAAUUGAAAAACCACAAAACUUAUUGUUUGAUAACGGUUCCGCUAGAAUGGGUGCGAUAAAAGCUGUGGAAAUAAUAUACAAGUAAAGCGAACAGAAAAACUAUGCAACAAAAUAAAUACGUAGCGUAUGAAAUAUACAUUAUAAAAUUAUAUAACGCAACAAACCAAGGCGACAAUGCAAAUGAUAUGUGAUUUCUCCCUUUCUCUACAAACUUGGAAAAUAUAUAAAAUCAUUAAAUAAAACGUUGACAACCAGAUAAAAAAAAUAGAAUGCUACAUUCUUGUUGAUCUAGAAGCCUCGAAGGAGAUAGGUGAUCAAUGUGAUUCGAUAAUAAAAUAAGAUUACUCGAACGGGUUUAAAACACGCCACAAACUGGAAAUUUUUGGUAACUGCGAUUACCGCGAAGAUGAGGAAUGGCGUUAGGUGCGACGAUGCGCUUAUUCAACAAGGACUUUAGAAAAGCCAGAUGGACCGGGCCUGUUACUUUUGUUUUUGCUGAUCUCGAAUGAGACACAUCACGGCCCUUAGCUUGUGCCCUAAUGUACCGCGAAAAAAAAACACGGAACAAACGAAACACAUAUGUGAUUUUGGCCAGACUGUACUGUGCGCAACGACCCGGAAAGGGAUAGACGAUCUAUCUGGCAAGUGUUUGUGUUAAGGUGUGGUGCCAAGAAUAUAUGCGAAAGAUGAAGAAAUAGGUAUUAGAGUAAAGCACCUGGUUACACGUGAAGAAUGAAAACAAAUAGAACUAAUGAGUAUUUAUGAAGCGCCCGGGAUAGUGGAUAUUAUACUUCGUUACUAUUACCAUUAUUAUACAAACUCAAACAGUAAAGUUACUGGUAUAGGAGGUAACAAAGGCGUCGCAGAAAAAAAUGUUUCAUUAAAGUGAAACAAGAUUGUUUGUCGACAUUGCGAUAUUCACAGAUUGAUUCCAGUGGCGAUUUGGAACUGGCAGCAAAAUAACGCUUACAUUUUGGGAAAUUCCGAUCUAUUUGUCGCCCGCUUAUCGAUUUAAGGGAGCAGGCGAUUAUAAUCCUAGUGAUAUCUUAACGAAGAAGUGAAGAGUAGGAAACGUGGUUGCAGAACGUUCUAUUAUUGUAGACUUGUAAGUAACUAUAAUGAUGGUGUCCCUCUGCCCAUCUUAUCGCCUACUGGUGUGUAGCGGUGAGGCGAAUAGUUUGUCUAAUGCUGUAAGUUUAUGUUGUUUGCCGAAGACAGAUGAAAUAAAGGAUUAAAAAAAU